AUGUCUCGACCACUACUACUCGGCUGCCGCAAUGUGUCAACUACCCUUUUGGUGCUCACCUCUGACCAAUGCUUCUAUUGUCUUGGACGUAAAGUGAUGACUUAUCCCUUUAAACGCCAUGAAAAUCCAAAAUCCUACCACCAGGUAAACUGUGGUAAGGAAAUUGCGGGUCUCCGGGCUAGGGUGGACGACUUUGUCCGCAAAAGCAUUCUGCGCAUCAAUGAGACAAUUCAGGUGCUACCGGAGCCGCACUAUAUUUCCCUCAAACUUGAGUCUAUUCAUCCGGUGAAUUUGCAGAAAUGCCGUCAUUGGGUUGCAUCCAAUCCCAACUGUCCCGCCAAGGGAAGCAUUCACUUUGAAUGCGCCUUCACUUCGCGCAUGUUCGAUGCCCAACUGCUCCAGCACCUUAAAGAUGCUAGGGAUUAUGUUAGGGCUAGAGAGCAAGCCUUUUGGUCGGUAGUGGGUUUUUUCCAACUGACCUACCAAUCCAUCGUGGGGACCUGUCCAUCCACAGCUGCGUGCUUGUAUAUACAGACUUCCCUCCAUACCUCCAGAUGUCUCUUCAAGUUGCAGAUGAUCCUAGCCUCCCAACCACACGCUAAUUUAAUUACCAAGUUUCUCAUUUCGUCAGCGAACUUCUCGUCGCGACCACUAGAAUGGGGCAACUUUCGUGUGAGCUUAGAGAACAAGGAAAUGAUUCGCUACCGUCAACUUCAAGGCUCGCUAAAGGGAGCCAUGGUGGAGUGCUGUGAAUCCACUUGGCGCAAGGAGCCAAUUGUAUUCCCCUACCUCUUUAAGGUUCACAUUGAACGAGUGGCUCGAUGCAGCAUGACUCAACGCUCCGAGCUUCAAAUGCCCGAGACCAAGAACGCUGAGGAGGUGCGUGAUCUUCUGCGCGGAUUUCUCAAUUCCUACUUUCGGAUAUACCUCUCGGAGUACUUCUACGCACCCCCUUGUUGA